CUUAUCCUCACUCUACGGAAGGAAAGAAAGUUGGGUCUAAAACGUUAUUUGGUUUUGACACAAAUCUGAUUGGGCAAUGAGAGACAAAUUUCCGCUGUGUGUUGAGCUCAACCCUAUAUAAGGUCUUCACCAGGAAUUUUCAGUGUGAUCGCUUCUUUUUGUGAGAUGCUUAUGGCUGAAAGACUACAGAAACACAGAUUACAAAACACUUUCCUUCCACCCUCUUCUUCUGAUUUCCUCUGGAAAAAAAUGCAUGGGUUCUUCUUUGUCCUGGUGACAUGCACAGUAGGUGCGACUGCUUUCAGACUCCAGCAAAUCAAAAACACAGAAAACUGCCCAGAUCACACCGUGUUUCUCAAUCACUUCCAUGAACUGCAUGGAGAACCUGUGGUUCUGAAAUGCCCUUCCCCCAGUUACAAACAUUUGGAUUUCUCUGCCUUGACCCCUAAUAUCACAUGGUAUAAAAAUGGUUCAAACACCAUGAUAUCAGGAAGAGAUGAAGAUUCAAGAAUCUGGGCUAAAGGAAAUGCACUCUGGUUUUUGCCAGUGAUGCUAGAAGACUCAGGAGCAUAUAUCUGCACAAGAAGGAACUCCUCCUACUGCGCCAAGGUCUCCAUCCACCUCACAGUUGUGGAGAAAACAUCUGCUUGGAAGAUUGCCUAUCCCCAGGUCCUCUUCACUUUCACCUCUGGAAAGAUUGUUUGUCCUGACCUGUGGGAUUUUACACCAAAUAGGACAAGCCUGGAGCUGAAGUGGUACAAGGAUGCUCAGCCUUUGGAAGAGGACAAUGAAAGAUUCAUCAUUCUGAAAGGUUCAGCGUCUCUGAUCAUGACAUCUGUGCUACCAACGGAUGCGGGGUAUUACACCUGCAAGAUGUCAUUUCCAUUUGAAGGUGUGCCAUAUGAAAUCACCAGGACAAUUCAAUUGGAGACUGUUGAACAAGAGAAGAGAAUUACCCCGAUAAUUGUGUAUCCAGCCCAAAAGACAACAUCAGCUGCUCUUGGCUCCAAGAUGACUCUCCCGUGCAAAGUGUUUGUUGGACUGAGCAGCCAUUUCCAAACUGAUGUGGAAUGGCUGGCAAAUUACACCAGCGUUGAUGUGGUUUAUAAACAAAGCAGAGUUACAGAGGGGGAACGACAAGAAAUUGUAGAAAAUGGUGAAAACUUCAUUGAAGUACCACUGAUUUUUGAUUCUGUUGAAGAAGUGGACUUUUACACAGACUUUACCUGUCUGGCCCAGAACAGCUAUGGAUACCAAGAACUGCCAACAAGGGUCAAGCAAGAAGCUGUUGGUCUGUCCUGGUACAUUGCAAUGAUUCCUGUUGUGCUGGCCUGUUUGAUCGUGGGAGGGAUAUGCAUGCACAAGUGCUGGAAAAGUAGAGCUGAUAAAGGAUAUACAAUUCCAAAGGUUUAAAGUCCACUUGAGUUCUCCAACUGCCAACAGAACAAAAAAUCACCCUGGCCAUCUUUCACAUCAGACACAGCAAGCAUUUAAGACCUGAUAUACUGCAUUCCCAACAGACCAAUAACAACAGCUCUUUCCCACUUUUCCCAGUCUUCUGAUGAAGAUGAAGUUAAGAAUAUAAGUUUGCAUUUUUAUGCUGCUUAGAUGCAGGAAAUCUGCUUCUAUUAUUUUGUAACUAGGAUGCAAUCUGUAGAAUUUUGGAACACAAAAUCAUGCUCUGGAUAUGGGAAGGGUAGGAAAAGGGAGGUGCUCUCACCUUUUGUAAUUCCAACACUUGUACUGUUUUUUUUUUUUUUAAAGGAAAAGAAACCC